UGUGACGUCACGCAGAUGUAUUAUGGGAUAUCAAACAACAAUAUCCGCGUUGCAAAGAUUAGAAAAUAAUUAGAGAAAAUGUGCCUAAUUUUGACUUCAAUAUUAUGGAUGUAAAAGAAAUGGGGGAACGAGUAUUUGCUGCGGAACGUUUGCUUAAGAAAAGGAUUCGAAAGGCGCGUGUUGAGUAUUUUGUGAAGUGGAAAGGCUGGUCGCACAAGUUUAACACAUGGGAACCAGAAGAAAACAUUCUCGAUCACCGCCUUACUGAGGCGUUCAAUUCUGGAUUAGACAAGGAAACUUUGCCCAAAAAACGGGGACCAAAACCGAAAAAACGGAAACCUGAGGAACCCCCAAAAGACGAUAAUGCUGACUCCUCUGACAUGGAGACCACAACGGACGACGAUGAAUCGACGACUACGGAUAAUUCUGGUUCUGAAACGGAAGACGAGCCAUUUCAUUCCCUCAAAGACGAGCAUUCCAAGAGUAUUCCGUCAAAAGACUCAAAUGUUGACGAAAAGUCGAGAACAAAAGGCAGCGAGCGAUUGGAUAAAAAUCACGACACGGAUGAUGAGGAUUCCCCCCACAUUUUUGAUACACCUGGACUGAAGCGUUCCGAUUCCCCCUCACCCCCAGUGCUGACCCCUAUUCGACGAUCUUACCGACGCAGACCAAGCGGACGAGGUCCGGGCCGACCGCCUCUGAACCGACCGUCUGUUUCAUCAAAUGAUGGGAGCGGACCGCCAUCACUGCGAGUGGUGAUUCGAGGGAGAGGUCGCGGAAGAGGUCGGGGCAGGGGGCACUCUGAACCUCGACUGAGGGGUCGAGGAAGAGGUCGGGGCACUGGAAAAGUGGGUCGUCCACGGGGAAGCGGCAAGGUGGGCCGACCCCGAGGCCGUGCGUCAAUUCAUUCGUUCCGGCGGAGACCGCGACUUAACAUUCUGACUGGGCUUCCAGACGACCGCUAUUUGCAGGACAGACUAAAAAAAAUAAAACUGAAAGCGUUGGGACUGAGUACCAAACAGACAAAUGUCGCCAAAAGUAAACACAAAGAGAAAAAUAAAUCGCUACUGGGAGUUAAUGUUGUAGAGAAUCACAAAAGAGACGGUAUGAAAAUGUGUGUGCCAAAAUUAGACGAUGACAAGGAAUAUUGGUGCCCCUCCCCUGCGGUGACGAAACAUCUGGACCACGUGAUGAUUACGGACGUAGCUGCAGACGAUAACAUGAUUACUAUUAGAGAAUCAUCUUCAGAUGUUGGGUUUUUUAAAAAUCGGGACGAAAAUUCGGAAAUGGCUGGAACUUAGUAUUUUCAAAGUGUUCAUUUUAGAGACUGAAUCUUUCAAUCUGUUCAUCGUAAUAUUUUAGACAAAGUAUUAAUAAUCGGUGCUAUUUUAGAAUUCAGUUAUGUGCAAAAUUCAAGAGGCAUCCCAAAUCGAAUUUACAGAAGCGUAAACAUUUCAGUGCGUUUUAGUUUUAAUCUAUCCACUGGUGGCCAUGUCGUAGUAUGUAUAAUGUUAACAUAAUAAAUUGUUGAUUGUU